AUGCCGGGCGGCCAGAUCCGCCGCCUGCUGGAUGGCGCGAAGGAGAAGCUUGUUGGCAUAAAGCGUAUGCCAGACGAUCCCCUUGCAGCUCUUCGACUCGAGUUGGAGGAGUUCGAUGGAAUCCUGGCGUCUUUCGGUGCACUGGCAACUUUAAUGCAUCAGCAUCUGCACGGCUUCGCCACGGCACAUCACGACGUCUUGGACCGGGUGGCGGCCUUCACUCCUGACAGCCACUGCCUGUCGGGCCAUGUGCGUCAGAUCCGCGUCGUCUUCGACUUGCUGCGGGAUCAGCUUGCGUUGGGGACUGAGGCAUUCGACAGCUUGUGUCACACGUGCCAGCAGCAGGCCCAGCGCAGCCAGCCGCUUCAGGAGGCGUUCAUUUGCCGUGACCGCGCCUGGGGUGUCCGGCAGCACUACGAGACGAAGUUGAAGCGCCUGAACGACAACCUUUACCGUGCCGGGCCCGACGGCAACGAUCGCCUGGAGAGAAAUCGCGGCAAGCUGCUCCGCGCCAGGGCGGAGGUCGAUCGGCUGACCGGCGAGGUCGAUGAGGCCGGUCGACAGGCUGCUGCAGCCAAGCAUUGUGUUUUGGGACUCGCCCUGGUGUCUCUUUGCGGGGCGAAGGCUGCCUGCCUAGAGGGGCUGGGGCCGACUCUCGAUCGACUGCAGUCAGCGAGGCUGGCAUUGGAGCAGGCCUUGCGCAGCGACCCGGGCUUCGGCUCCUCCGCAGCAGCCGAGCCGGGAAAGCCCAGCGAGGGCUCAAAAGCAAAGGUGGAGGAGGCCCCAGCGACGGGCCCGAACUCAACAGCUGCGGCCGAUGGGUUGAACCAAAGAGGUGUUUCCUGGCCGGGGUGGCCUCAAGCGCCAGACCUACCGAGUUGGGAGGCAUCGAGCCCUUCCCGAUCUCGGUCUCGAGUCGUUACGGAUCCUGCUGACCUGUGGCCGCAGCCGUCGGCACCAAGCCCCACUGUGCGGCCAGCGCCCCGGGACCCCUGGAGCACUCCGCGGCCGAAAACGCCUUGGGAUGCACCGGAGGAUCCCUCCCCUAGCCGAGCGACGCCUGACAUUGGACCGCGGACGCCGCCUUCGCGCGUUCGCGCACCUGCAUGGGAGCAAAAAUGGCUGGGCGUGAGCUUUCGGCAUCCGGACAGCGACGAUGAGACGGAGGAAAGAGCUACGCAGACCCCAGCACCCGCGGCCACGCAGGCGCUAGCCAUGCUGGCAGCGGCUCCUGGCCACGACCACGGCCGGAGGGACUUGGCGAAUGCAGAAGGCGCAGGUGCAGAUCUCGAUGCCUUCGCCACAGCAGUGCCGGCGCCCGGUACGGAAGUCGAGGAAAAUGUCGACGAGGACAUGAUCCGUGUGCCGUUGAAGAAGGAGAGGCGUGAUCUCCACCAGCAAGCUCGGUCUGCGGAGCUGAGUGCGGCGACCUGGGAGGAGCGCGAGGCAGCGCUUGGGUCUUCAGGUGGCACCGCUCAGCUCACAUUGCGGAAUCAGUUGAACGCGCAGUACGCAGGCGUGAUUGAAGUUGGCACGCCGGGGCAGCAGAUCAAGGUCCUCUUCGACACGGGCUCUUCGAACUUGUGGGUUCCUACCAGCACCGGGCUUCAGUCACAUCGAUUGCUCGGCUACCACCAGGGCUUCUCUUCCAAGAAGUCUUCAACAUUCCAGGACGGUGCCUUGUCCUUCCACUUCGUGUACGGAUCAGGCAUCCGCGCCUUCAAGGGUAUUCGGCCACACCUCGGCAGCCUCAACCUAGGGACGGAGAAGUGGGCGAAGAAGCAAGAGUUCUUGCGGCGCUUCGCCGCCGGGCCCGGUCGGCCAGCCGUCGUGCCGGGAAGCCCAGUGUCCAUCUAUGAUUCUGGUAUUCUAGUCACAGUGCAACAUCUUAUGAAGGGUGUACCGGCCGCCGAUGGCUGGACAGCCCAGACGCGCUGGGCGAACCAGGCCUUGCGCAACGGCACUGGAUGCGGCCGUUUACCCGAUAUGCAGGCACUGUUCCUGGAGCACUAUGGCCACCUCCGUGUGCAAGUGACGGAGCUGUCUUUGGACGAGUACGUCAGCUAUGCCCGGGACAACAAGGUGGACUGGCCUUUCUACGUGUGGGAGCGCAACUUCACAGGUGACCGGAAGCGAUUGCUUGAUGACUUUGACAUACCCAAGAUCUUCGGGGAGGACCUCUAUGACUUGGCACCAGAGGUGCGAGAAUUCCUUCCCCUGCCUUGCCACCUCUUUGUCUUGGUCGGCGGCCGCCGCACGGGCAGCAACAUGCACAAGGAUCCGAAGUGGUCGUCCGCUUGGAAUACCUUGCUGUGUGGGAAGAAGAGGUGGGUCAUGUUCCCCCGUGACACAGCUGCAUCGGCGAUCGGUGCAAUGGAAGGCGAUGCCUACAAGGACGGUGGGCCACAGGCCUACUGGUGGCUCGAUCACUACCCCCGGCUGCGUGAGAAGGGGAAAGAGCUCGGAAUGGUCGAUCUGUUGCAAAGCCCCGGUGACACAGUCUUCGUGCCAGCGGGUUGGUGGCACGCCACUUUGAAUCUGCCGGAUGGUGGGGAGGAUGUCACCAUCGCCUGCACUCGCAACAUCUUCCCGGCUGAAACCCUCGACUUCGUGCUGCCGCGAAUGCGCAACGCAGACCCGGCCUUUGCCAAGACCUUCCUGGAGCUCCUGAGGCGGAAGCGCCCCGAAGCCUUCAGGUGCAUUCCAGAUGGAGAUCCGGCACACCAUGCGGCUGAAAGCAAGCCCGCGGUGGUUGGGCCAUGCCCGUCCUGGCAGCUACAUCGGCGACACUGUGAGUCUCUGAGUUUAGCGGAGUGCCGGCGCGAGUUCAUUCGCCCCGGCCGGCCGCUAAUCAUUGAAGGUCUCGGGCCCCAUCUGGUGUCCCAAGAAAGCUGCAACUUAAGCCGAGACUGGCUAAGCACCCACUUCGGCGAGAAGAUGGUUGCUGUGUACCGAAACUUCUGUGAUCCUGGGAUGCGCGACGGCGAGGACCAGGUUGAUCUGAUGCGCCUUUCCGAGGCACUUGCAGAGCUUCAGGGGCCUCGCAGGAAGGGCUUGUAUCUCUACGACCUCUCUCUGCCUCUCAAGCUCCCCGGGCUCUUGGAGCACGUGAAGCUGCCACGGUUUUUCAGCCACUGCUACCUGCAGCAGACCAUGAGGAAGCACUGUUUCAGUCGCAGCUGGCCAACCCUCUUCAUCGGUGCAGAAGGUUCGCAGGCGCGGCUGCAUGUGGACCAGUGGCAUGGCAACUUCUGGAUGUGCCUGGUCUCCGGUCGCAAGAGAUGGAGCAUAUGGCAUCCCGAGGAUGCUCACCUGCUGAGUCCUGUCCUUGAGCCGGGCAAGGUCUUUCCCACAUUUCCUGACCUUUCAGACUUGGAAGCGAAUUCGUGCGACACCGGUUUCCACCGAGCUCGCCGUAUCGACAUUGAUUUGGAGGAAGGAGAGGUGCUCUUUGUGCCCGGCGGUGCGCCACACCUUGUCGUCAAUUUGACCGACACCGUGGCUUUUGCUGGAAAUUUUCUUGAUGACUCUAAUUUGGAGGCGGCCAUGGCAGACAUCAAAGAAAUGGCUGCCAAUGAGCAGAAGAAGAAGGCCGAGCCAGGGCCUAUGCAAGGAUUUUUGUCUGCCCUGGAGGAGAUGGUUUUCGAUCCGGACAAAGCCAUCUGCGAGGACCAACUCCCCGGCCGCAUGCUCGCCGUGCGGUACGCAGAUUUCGAGGGCGGACGAUCUGCAGGUUGGGGCGCUGUUCCUCCAGACGAGCUGGAUUUGUGA